UCCACUUUGUACCUUUCUCGCCCGGCUGCGAAGCGGGCCGGGACCCGCCAGGCCAGACCGGACCGGACCCCAGGGGCGAUGCGGCUGCUGCCCCUGCUGCGGACUGUCCUCUUGGCCGCGCUCCUCGGGUCCCCUCUGCGGGGGGCCUCCAGCCUCCGCCACCCGAUCUACUGGAACUCCAGUAACCCCAGGUUGCUUCGAGGAGACGCUGUGGUGGAGCUGGGCCUCAACGAUUACCUAGAUAUCUUCUGCCCACACUAUGAAAGUCCAGGACCCCCUGAGGGCCCUGAGACCUUUGCUUUAUAUAUGGUGGACUGGUCAGGCUACCAGGCCUGCCAGGCAGAGGGGGCAAAUGCCUUCCAGCGCUGGAAAUGCUCCAUGCCCUUUGCCCCCUUUGGCCCUGUUCGAUUCUCAGAGAAGAUUCAGCGCUUCACGCCAUUCUCACUGGGCUUUGAGUUCUUGCCUGGAGAGACUUACUACUAUAUCUCUGUGCCUACCCCGGAGAGUUCUGGUCAGUGCCUGAGGCUCCAGGUGUCUGUCUGCUGCAAGGAGAGCAGGUCCGAAUCAGCACAUCCUGUUGGGAGUCCUGGAGAGAGUGGCACAUCUGGGUGGCGAGGGGGACACGCUCCUAGCCCCCUCUGUCUCUUGGUACUGCUGCUGCUCCCAAUCCUGCGUCUCCUGCGAGUUCUGUGAACAAGGCAGACCCUCCUGCGGCCCCAAGGAGCUGCAGCUCUCCAACACCCCCUGGAGGACAGGUCCCUGCUACCUGCACAGGGCUACCCAGCCAGGCAGGCCAGAUGGAGCGCUGAUGGGAGUUGGAGGGUCUGAGCGACCCCUGCAGGUACCUGCCCCCAUCGCAGGCUGAAGAGGAACUGUGAGGGAGCUGCAGACUGUCCUGGGUACCCAAGCAGAGGCAGGACAGACGGGGCUUUGUCAGCUGCUCAGAUGGUCUCACCCCAACCCCAGGAAGACUGGGAUUUGGUGGAAGUGGAUCAGAUCCUUGAGCCACCAGGGACCAAGGCUGAAGAUGUAGGAACAGGUGGAUUGCUGGCUCAGGGCAAAGGCGAAGCCCUGCCACCUUGCCCAGGGUCCUCUUCCCAAGGGUAGCACCUUGCCUGCCCCAGGGAGUCACUCACUUGUCUUCUAUGAAGACGGACUUGCCAUGAGGUUGCAUUUCAUGCCAGUUUGUAUUUUUAUAAGAGUUUGGACCAAACCUUCAAUAAACCACCCUUCUCUGUGUUGC